GUCUAAGGUCCUUUCCAUUCUAACAUUCCAUAAUUCUAGCAGAUCUCCAAGAUCUCUCCAUUUCUAAUAUUUCAUUAUUCUAAUAGGGAUGCAAGGAAUGGACUAGAGAUCUAACAUUCUGUGAUUUCACAGACCACAGAGUUCACUCCCUUUCCUGAGAGUUCAAGGAUUCAAUUUUUCAACAUGGAACUCUAGGCUCUCUAUGAUUUAACCUUCCAACCUCAGCUUUUAUCCCUUUCCCAGACCCUGGCCACUCCCUCCUGUAGUCUAAAGUUUCCACAAAGUUUUGCUCCCACUCUGUGCCUCAGCACUGGCAAUGCCUUCUACCUAGAAUGCCCCUAAAUCCACCCUUUUUUCUUGAAUCUCAAUUUAAAGUUCUCCUCCCCAGUAAAGUCUUCCAUGACUCUUCAUCCUUGCAGCAAGGUUUGAUGUGCUCUCUUAGCCCUGGACACUGACUGCCUGUUACCACCCAGAGAAUAGGACUGUUGGUUGGUUCACUCAGGGCAGUGAAUCAAAAUGCCAAGGGACGAGGCAGAAGUAAAGGUUUGAAGCUAGUAGGCCUAACAAACUCUACGCCUCUGUUUUCCCACCUCUGGAAAUAAAGAAAAAUAUCACCUUUAAGGAAAACAACAUGAAAGCAAUAGUAAAUGUAAACAGCAUUCUGUUUCAGAGACAAAAAGGAGUGGUGGGGAUUGAGGCCAUCCAGGACAGGACUGAGCAUCUUUGUCUAAAAGAACACUACUCAGCUCUAGGUAAUUGUUGCUUGGCAGGAAUGUGGGUGGGACCAAUGUGUUCAGCUCAUCCACUUUCUCACAAAAGCCAGAAAUCAGAUUUGCAUGUGAAAUCUCCCAAUUUUAAACGUCAAUAACUAAAAAAUAUUCAAGACCCACUACAUGACUUUCAAGGUUUUUAGGCUGUGAAAACUGUUCUGUGAGGAUCCACUUCUACCUAUCCAAGAGAGCACAUCCUAUGGGGGAGGCCAAUUUUAUAUCAGGGCUGCUGGUGUAUUGCAAGUUACAGUAAACAGGCCCACUCUUUCUGCACAAAGCAGAGACAAAACCGUUCACGUGAGGCUUCUGUCUCUGGGCCUUAGUUUCCCUACCUGUGAAAUGGCAAUACAAAACAUAAUUGUGAGUCAGCUGUCAAAUAGAAUAUAUCACUUACUGAAGGGUUGUCAGAGCUAGAUGCUUUUAUAUGCACUGUCUCGCUGAAUUCCCAUGAUUUCUGAGGUAAAUUUUAUUACCUCCACAUUUUACAAAUAAAAGAACUGUAGCUCAGAAAUAGCAAUUUACCUAAUGAAGUCGGUAACAAACAUUUAAAAAGCCCUUUCUUUCCAAGGGCUUUAAUGAUUUAAUCCUCUCAACAAGUCUGAAAUGGGGGACACCACCAAGGCAGCCGCAGUGCAAACCAUACACAUAAUUUAAAAUUUUCUAGUAGUCACAUUUAAAAAGUAAAAUGACACAGGUUAAUUUUAAUAAUACACUUUAUUUGACCCAACAUACGCAAAAUAUUAUCAACCUAACAUGUUAUCAAUGUAAAAAAUACUGAGAUAUUUUACCUUUUUUUUUUUUUUGGUACUACAUCUUGUGUGUAUUUUACAUUACAACACAUCUCAAUUCCGACUAGCCACAUUUCAAGAACUCAGUAAGCCCAUGCGGCUAGUGGCCACCAUAUGGGGCAAGGCAUCUACAGUCUAUUUACUAAUCUUAAUGUUAAAAGCAGAACAGAGGCACUUGUCCCUUGGUUUCAAAGGACACUCAAAAAAUAAUUAUGUGUGUUGGGGAUCUUCACACACCCUUGUAUUUUGUCAUCCUGUCAAUAAGGCAAGUGCCACCACCAUCCUCUUUUGAGGGAGAGAGGACUUCCCCGGGUCGAGACCUUCCCUAGUGCCCGACCUCCGUCCCGCCAUCCCGCUCCCGCCACCGGUCGGACGCCAGCCCCAGCGAAACCGUGGCUCGCUAUCAUCCUAGUCAGGGUCAAGUAAGGAGGCGUGCAAGCAGCGGUAGGUGCGGAUCACCUGCGGGCCGAAGUGGAUAAAGACCCCUCGGAGCUCCUCCUCCUCCUCCGGCUCGUCUUCCUCCCUCUCCUCCUCAGACUCCGACUCCUUUAACUGGUGCUGGGAGGAGCCAUCGUGAAGAGAAGCCCAGCGCACGCCUAGCCGGUAAUGCCGCCGCUCCCCCGUCACCUCCACCUCCUGACUCGACUCGCUAACGCUAGGGGGCGCCGCUUCCGGGAGCUGGGACUCGGCUUCCGGGCUCUCUGGCGCCGAACUCAUCAUAGAAGCUAAUGGAGACUUCCGCUUCCGGCAGCCUCGAGUCUUUUUGGGGAGUUGGUGAGCUGGGCGCGCUGUUGGCCCUCCCCCGCCCGCCUGCCUGGAGGCCUUGUGGGAUGGGCCUUGACGCGCGAAACGUCUCCCUCCUCAGCCAGCUCCCGCGCAGACGCAGUGCUGAGCCCACGCCUGCGGAACAAAGGGUGAGGUCCGGAGCUUAGGAGUCAUGGCUGCGACGGAGCCGAGCUUGGCGGCUGCUGCGGGCCUCACGUCGCCGCCAGAGAAGGAGGAAGAAGGAGCCGGCCUGAGCUCAGGUCCGGAGCGUAACUUUGCGGCCUCCUCGUCGACUCCUAAGGCCCUACCGUCUGCCCCCGAACCCUCCAGUCCCAGCGCCGCGGUGUCUGAAGGAAUUCCUACGCCUCCCGCGGCUGCCUCCGCGGCCCUGGAGCUGCCUCUGAGGCCCGCAGCCUUGGACUCCCCGCCGCUUGCCGAAGCCGCUCCGCGCUCCCCUCCACAGCCUGGCGGCUCCCGACCCGGCCCCGAGACGUUCCGCCAGCGUUUCCGGCAGUUCCGCUACCAGGAUGCCGCAGGCCCGCGGGAGGCGUUCCGGCAGCUGCGGGAGCUCUCGCGCCAAUGGCUGCGACCCGACAUUCGCACGAAGGAGCAGAUCGUGGAGAUGCUGGUGCAGGAGCAGCUGCUCGCCAUCCUGCCCGAGGCGGCGCGGGCUCGGCGGCUUCGCCGCCGCUCCGAUGUGCGCAUCACGGGCUGAGCGGCGGAGCUUCGGGCGGCCGGGUUCGGGAGUUCUCUGGACUGGGGCCACUAUGGAGUCCGGGGGUUGAACCUGGCUCUCCAUUACGCGUUCCUGAGAAAUGACUUUUGGGCAGCUCCAGUCGUCGGAUAUGUCCCUUUCAUUCGUCCUUUACUAGGUUUGUUUUCCCGAGCCUAUUUACUUGCGACCUCCUUUUUGGCUGGUGGCGAGGCCAAGUUGGGAGCCCAUGAGAAUAAAGCCUUUGUUUUCUGU